GAUGGUCAUUCCCGAUCAGAUGCCCGUACCCUUUGUCCGCACGCCCGCGCCCUCCUACCCUCGCCCAGUGCCACUGCCGCCGCAACCGUUCCCUCCUGCCCUCACCCACACGCAGCCGCCCCCACACAGCCACGCCACCGUGUACCCCUCCUCUCCCCUCACAAUCGCCACCACGCAAUCACGCUCUCAAUCCCCGUGAUCAACGAGCUCACACACCACCGGCAGCCUCACGCCAGCCUCCUGCAGCUAUCCCGCUCCUGCCCCUCACAACCGCGCCACCGUCCGCCGUGACGAGAUCUGUCCUUACAGCUCCACUUCAUCAUGUGGUCCCGCUCCCACUCACCCUUAUCGACCAGCUCCACGCAAAACGGAACACACCAUUGGCGGCCUCACCGAUGACGGCGCCCUCCUGACGACGUUGGGGGUGGGGGCUCCAGUGACGGGAGGUACCAGGUUACCAGCCGAUAUUUCCAUUGAUUCUCGUGCGAUCCGUGUUCUCAACCCAGCGGUGCCACCCACCCUCCUGACCAAACCUUGGUUGCCAUCCAAAUCCCAAUUCCCAGCACCACCAGUCGCGCUCUCGCAGGCAACAAUGGCGAGGAGUCGCCACAACUGACAUUUUGCCUUCCAAUCUAAUUGUGGUCCAUCAGAGGGGGCACCAGCAACGGCGACUGCGGCGGCUGCAGAGGGAGCACCAUCGGUGGUGUCUGGGGCGGGAAAGGUGGGAUUUUGCGCUGGCGUGGGCGGCGGCCGUGCGGCGGUGGUGGGAUGCUGGAUGGGGUCGGGCAAGACGGGCUAUAAAUCGGCGGCGGCGGCGCACGCAGAGCUGGGGCGGGACUUGGAGGCGCGGUGGAGGACUGCACCAAAGGCAAGGACAACACGAUGACGUCCAGGAGGGCGAGGAAGAUAUUGGUGGCCUUGCCCACAUAGCAGCUCUGCAUCGCCGCUGCUCUGAUUCUCUUCUCUGCCUCCAGUGGCUGGCUGCCCUACUUCUCUUCUCUGCCUCCGGUCGCUUGCAGCCAUUGCUGGCGGUGCUUCUCAGUCAUACAUGAAAGUUUGUGGUCUAAUUUCAAAACGGAUCCGGAUCUGCUGAAUUAAUUACUCUGGCAUCUUGUUUGUGUAGGGGACAUGCAUAUAACCGUAAAGGAUGAGGCUGAUGUUAGCUUGAAGCUGGAUGACAAAGUUGAUGGAGUUGCCUUCUUUCAAACUGGUGCUAUGGAUAUAUCACAAAGGAAUCUUCUCAAAGGUUUAACUUCUGAUGAAAGUGUUGUUGUUAAGGAUUCCUUGACACUAGGAGUGGUGAUUGUCAAGCAUUGCGGAUAUACGGCAACUAUGAAGGUUUCUGGACACACGAAAGACUGUAAUGAUGUUUAAGAGUACGGCUCCCGAAAAUUAUCAAUCCAGAAACUGUUGUUGGUAAUCAUACCUUACCCCAAAGUCUCAUGGUGAUAUUCCUGCAAGGAAAAUAGCAUGUACAGUACUUGAAGACAGCUUGAUAAAGUCAGCAUUCCUUGCAAAAAUCCUAUAAUUAUCAGAUGUGAACUUGGGUCCUGGCUGCAAUACUUUCUGAAAAAGGAUUCUCCGGCAUCUGAGAAUGGUAAGGGGAAUGCAACAAAUGGUGACAAAGAGUCAGCUGUCAAAGGUCUUGGAAAGCAUUUUGAACAGUUAAGGAAGAUUAAAAAGAAAGAAUGCAAUAUUGAAGGUUCCAACUCUGAGAAGGAAGAAUCUAACUACUUGCCGAUGAAUGGUAUGCAAGAAUCGGAUAAAAUAGCAGUUGAUGAAACAAACAAGGAGGCUGAUAUAAGCAAGCUGAUGUCAGAUGAUGCUUUCUUUCGCUUGAAGAGUUUGGGAGCUGGCCUUCAUGAAAAGGUGAUUUAAAUCUGCAGGUUCACUCUCUUAGAAUUCUCUUUUAAGAUGGCUAGAACUAUGCUUGUGAUCGGCUUGUAAAUUCUCUCUAAAAUGCUUGUACGUAAAUCUCCUUUUCUAUUGCUAAUAUAUAGAACAGUAGGUGCCUCCCCUACUGUAGCCUCCUCUACUGUAGUUCGUAAAAACAAAUGUGCAAGUUCAUAGGAUUAUUUUAGAGUUCCUGAA